AUGACACAAUCCUCGCCGGCGUCUCAUGAGACACUACAUCUUCACUCUGGCAUAUCUUCCAUCCGCAUCGACGGGCAGGUGCAUGAGGAAGCCGAGAAAUUCGAAAUACUCCCUACUGGAAGAUGCAUUGUCUACGACGACUACAAGCGCAAGCUACUCGAACAUGUAUUCUCCGAGCCAGAGCCGAAGAGGCGCUUUCCUUGGACAAACAACACUGACGGGUUGCGCUCUAUCGCAUGGACAACAGACGAAAACAUAGAGUGGGCGGACGGGAGAAAGCUGCUAGACCGACCCGUCUUCUCGUUUCGAGACUCGAAUUCUUACCGGAUAUAUCAGACUGAAGUACGACAGCGCAAGUUUGUCGACCAAUUCGGUACUCGGGAAAUCGUUCCUAAGAAGGAUAGCAAUUUCCAGAGAUCAUCCGAUUCUUAUGUCAAGAUAUGGGACGACCAUACUUCCAGAUACAUAUCGUUACCCCUCGGUAGCGGCCACGAAAUCGUGCAUCGGGAGGUUGCUUGCUCGCUGGUCGGGUUUACGAAAUGGACCGAUACCAGCGUAGAGCUACGAUUUGGCGGUGGGCAUCGCAAGAGCUCACCAGCGUCAGCUCUCUCUCGCGCGCCAACAUUUGAGAACUUCAAGCGCGGGCUGAAAGAGAAUCUCAAUAAAGUCCGGCCCCCUCCAAGAUCGGGCACCCUACCAAGCGUGCCGGCUCGUCGAGACUCGGGAUCGAUUCCACUAUCAAGCCAUGAACAUACUGGUAGCAUGAAUGAGGACGAGAUCUCUGCCGCAAGGCUUGCUACCGAGGUUAUCUAUCUCACCAUAUCAUUCUCGGACUCGAGUAGUAAGCACUUUAUUCCACUGUCAAGUCUUUCCUUGCUGACAGCAUUAGCCUGCGUCAAGUUCAAAACCAAAGUUGAGGAGAAGCCAGAACUGCAUGAUCCAACUGAGCGGAGACACGAGACUCUGGAUACGGCGCCUCCUCACAAAGCUAGGUCUGCGCAUAGUGACUUCGCAUCCAGUGCCUCUACUGUGUCGGAGCCCGUCUCGAUCAGAGGAAGUAGCACGAACCCGUCCAGCUUAGUAUCUUCCGACGAGGUCGGCGCAGGACGCUUCGGUACCUCGCCGAAGUCGAAAUUCCAGGACACAGCGCCUUCGUGGGAUACUAGUCCUCUAAGCGCUGCUAAAACGAUAUCCGGUUCUUCAGGAGCUCACGCCAGGAACACUUCCGGGAAUAGCGCCGAGUCGUACUUUCACCCGGCGGAGCCUCGACCUGUAUUUCAUCAUGUACCUCGCCGACCUCUUCCGGUGCAUGGCGCUUCCAGCGCUGACCAAAGUAACCAGUAUAUUGACGGCGAUACAGCGCCAGAACGGAUAAUAAAACGACCAUCGCUUCCACAGAACACAUCGAACACGGUUGUGGUGACGCCAGCUGCACGAUGUUCAACAGCAACAGACGCUCGAGCUUUGCAAAAGGUACUGCUCACACCGGGUGAGCUACAAGAGCAGAGAGACGAGUUUUGGAACCGCCACCCGACCGUCGUGAACACUGCACGAGCGAGGGCGAUAGCGAAUCAGAAUUUCUAUCUCUCUGAGCUAACAAGCAGCGACGAAAUACGCCUGGUCAACCUUUCUCCAGGCAUCGAUGGUAUGAUCUCGAUCACGUUUCACGCUCGCACUUUGAGUAGUGUGCGCAACACCUACGAAGCAUUGAGCUAUUGCUGGGGCAGUGACGAAAAUAGCGAAUACAUAAAGGUCAAUUCACGUUUCGGCUAUAGAGUCUCAAGACAUCUUGCCCGAGCUCUACGGCGCCUACGCUUCGAAGAAAAGCCGCGCUGGUUAUGGAUAGAUGCCAUUUGCAUAAAUCAAGCAAGCCUCCAUGAGAUGAAUCACCAGGUUCCGCUGAUGGGCAAUAUCUAUGCACACGCACGCAGGACUUUAAUAUGGAUCUCCGAGCUAGAGCAGACGGAAGCCGAGGCCAGCUGCUUGAGAAGUGAUGUCGCAGACGGUGAUGAUGUUCACAACGCGACUUUAUGCUGUCGAGGAGCAGGCUCUGCACGGGAGCAUUUUGGCGACGAGAACAAGCUCCGCGAUGCACUUCGCAGAUUUUCGCAGGAGCUAGAACUAACAGGAUCAGGCAGUGUGUGGUGGAAGAGGUUAUGGUGUGUACAGGAAAGCAGAUUCCACUACUCGGAACUUGCUCCAUCGGUCUACGUGGCACAACAUGCGAUCAGCUGGGAUCAUUUCGCUCGGGUCACGUCCAACAUAGAAGGCAUUCGCGAACCACUGGAACUGUUCAAGCAAUUACGAACGGGCGAUGAUCGCUCCUUGCACGACUUGCUAGCGAACACCGGAGCAUUUGGCUGCAGUGACCCUCGAGAUCGUAUAUUCGCCUUGCUUAACAUGUGUGGUAUAACGGCCCACAUGCUGAAACCCGACUAUGGAAAUUCCAUUUUAGAGGUGCUUGAAGAUGCCACAAUGUUGCUAAUCAACAAUACAGGCACAAUCGAUGUGCUGCUGGAUAGGCGUUUAGAUCGCACACACGGCACUGGCUAUGGUCCAGGAGUGCUACCAACGUGGAUUCCGGACUUUCAGCGCCUACAGUCCCGUGACUUGACUCGCGGCAAGGACGAGUACUGCGCUGGUAGCGUGGCUGGCUUCGGACCCGACGUUCGUCUGCGUCCUGCGCUCAAUGAUGAGAACGCCACACAAACCCUUCCACGCAUCCUCGAGAUGAAGGCAACAUUAUUCGGCAAGAUCUCUCGUGUUACAUCAUUGGCCGAUGAGACGUACGAAAGUUGCCCUUCCGGCAAGCUGAUCUACAACGGUUUCAUGCAGCCCGGCACCUUGGUAAAGAAGAUCCUAGAGGAUCUUGCUUUCGACUUCAGUCGCGAGAUGCGUGUUGACAACCUUGAUCGGGCGCCUCGGAUCGGCCGCCUCAUGCUGGAGUUCCUGUUCGAAGAGCAGCGCAAUCAUCUUGACGAGCAUGACUACAUGUCUGGAGAUGUUGAUGGAGCAGCGCCAGCGUAUAACACGACAAACUUGUGGAAGGCUUACGCAGGUCAAGAGAAAGAUGAUGUCAACUACGUGAAAGACGAAGGCCUAUACAACGACCAAGACGAGCUUUAUGUCCAGGAAUACUGGAGCCACCGGCGUGAAUUCCUCGCUCGUGAGGAUAACAUCCUUGAAGUGAGAAGGAUGGUCGACAGCAACAAAGCGCCCUGGGAUGCAGCCUUCAUGGACGAGAGCAUCUGUCGAGACUUCAAGGUUGCGUUCGAUGUCGAGAAUCUGUUCUCCUUUGCACGCACACAACACAGAAUGUACUACUUUGCGUCUCAGCACUACCACCGACCUAUGAGGAGCAACGUCCUUGCGCGAAACAAUGUUCUGGAGGUAUUGAAAUUGGAGACACACAACAUGCGACGAGAGGGCGACCUGGAGAUGCACCACUACUCCGCCAAGAGCAGGUGUCAAGAGUUCUUUAAGACAGCCGGAGGGUUUGUGGGACUUGGACCGUCAAUAAUGCGACCUGACGACAUACUUGUCAUACCUCUGGGUGCAAGUCGCCCAAUGGUCCUGCGACAACUGGGCCAGACGUACAUCAUCAUCGGCGAAGCUAUCUUGCCGGGGCUUAUGCAUGGUCCAUGGGUCAAGGCACAUGGACACGAAGCACAGUACUAUCCGUUGAGCUGA